GGGUGGUUGGACGUGUUUAGGGUGGUGCUCGUGAAUGUCAACCGGCGGACCCGAUUGUUUUGUUGUGCUCUGAUGUCAUCCACUUAAACUUGCCGCGACAACGAACGCAACUCUAAUCGCGAGUGUCCCAGCGCGAUCGUUAAAGUUAAAGAAAUCGUUCGAGCCGGGAAACUAUACUAUACUGGACCGGUCCACCAAUAAGUCGCGAGAAGUGUGUCAAAGCCGAUGUAACGUGUUUCUGUGCGUCCGUAGCGUAACCGUGGAGUGUCUGCUGGGUUUCGGAUACGGUUCCCACCGAAUAAAAAUGCCUGUGCGGUAGUGAUCGUGGCCUCGAAGCGAGUCCUUUUACGGCGGGGGACGAGCCAUCGAAAGCGGAGACACCACCACCACCCCCUCCGUUCUCUCCAUCCUCGACUUUGGCCCACAGACGCGAAAGGAGGCGCGCGUCGACGGAAAAACGAGAAGGACGAGGAGAAGAAGAAGCAUCAUUGGGUGAGCCGAAGACGGCCGGCAGGUACAGAGCCUCCAGCAUGGAAUAAAGGGGACGGUGGAGGCUCGAUGAUCAUAAACCGAGAGAGGAUCCAGGGAACGAAAGAUCGUGGUUGGCACUGGAUAGGGCCAGGUAAAGCCAGGAUGAAGUGAUCUUGAAGCCACAAAUAGAAAGAGGAUAUAGGAAACAUUGAAGAGAAGAAACUUGGAAGAUCCUGAGGACCCAUUUUGUCACUGGGUGGAACGAAGAUUGUAAGGGAUAUCUCGAUGAAGGAAACGAAAGGAGCAGAAAGCUUGUAGGCCAAUAAAGAAGGCUAGGAUUAGAAAAUUGCAGAAGGAUAGAGACGACUUGGCUAUUCGCCAGAUCGAAGAAGAACCGCAGAAAAAAUUCAGGGGAUCUUGGGAUCUCUGGUCUGACUAUCGUUGCAGGGGAAAUCUUCGAUGAAGGAAAUGGAACAAACAGAAAGCUUAUAGACUAAUAAAGAAGGAGAGAAUUAGAAAAUUUCAGAGGGACAGAGAAGACGAGAUCUGAACAGUCUCGCAGGAAUAACAAAUUGAGAACAGAAAUACUAUAAUUGCAUGGUGAAUCUUGACGAAGCCAACGAAAGAAGCAAAAACCUCCUAGACUAACAAAAAAUAACAAGAUUAGGAAAUUUCAAAAGGAUAGAAAGGCCUUGGUUACCCACGAGAUCUGAGCAAUCUCAGAAAAACUCAGGAGUCAAAGAUCCUGAGGACCUCUUGUCACCGAGCCUAUCAUUGGACGGGACAUUAAGACGAUAAAAACUCAAAGACUAAUAAAGAAGAACGGGCUUAGAAAAUUGCCAAAGGGAUAGAGAUCAGAAGAAACUCAGAAAAAAUUCAGUAAUCACUGAAGAAAGGCCUAAAUGCCAGAUGAAAGGUAGAAUGUAAAGGGAUCCAGGAAGGGGACGAGAGGUGGCUGAUCCUGAAGGAUUGCUCGUCCCGGGGGGUAGUCGAGGCGAUAUCAGAAAGUGAAAAUUGAUUGGAGGAGAGCUGAAGAGGGAUCGAUACCAGGGGGAAACGCGGCGAAGGGAAGCUAAAUGCCAGAUAAAGGGGCGAUCGUGGAGAAAGAAGCAGAGGUCUAGUGGAACAGGGGGAGGGAACCGUCGAGGGAGAGGAAUGGGUGCCGGGAUGGGCAGGAGCGGGACGAGCGGCGGUUUCCUCGAGGCGCUUCCUACGGGAACGCCGCUCCACGUGGCGAUGCUGGGACUGGACAGUGCUGGGAAAACCACAGCCCUGUAUCGGCUCAAGUUCGACCAAUAUCUGAACACCGUGCCCACCAUCGGGUUCAACUGCGAGAGAAUUCGCGGUGGCAUCGGAAAAGCGAAAGGUGUGAAUUUUCUCGUGUGGGAUGUGGGCGGGCAAGAGAAGCUUCGACCGUUGUGGAAGUCGUACACACGUUGCACAGACGGUAUCAUCUUCGUGGUGGACUCGUGCGAUGCUGAGCGGCUCGAGGAGGCUAAGAUGGAGCUGACCAGAACAGCCAGGAGCCCAGACAAUGCGGGCGUGCCGAUUCUGAUCCUGGCCAACAAACAGGAUCUACCAGGUGCAAAAGAGGUUGGCGAGCUAGAGAAGCACCUUGGUGUCCUGGAGCUGGCAGGUAUGCCAGGAAGCUCGUGCAUCAGGGUUCAACCAGCCUGCGCGAUUACCGGCGAGGGCCUCCACGAGGGUCUGGACACUCUAUACCAGCUGAUCCUGAAGCGGCGUAAGCUCGCGAAACUGAACCGAAAACGGGCCAGGUAGGCCAGGGCCUCGGAGGACUGCACGUGCGUCUUCUGAUAUUGUCAGU